CUAAUGCCAGCUCUACAGAAGUCACCAUUAUUUGUCCAACCAUUUAAUCUUUGUCAUGACUUCAAUUCCAUCUCUAUCUCUCCAUGGUUUUCAAUUGUUGAUGAGCAGCUGAAACCAUCUUGCAUCAGGGGGGAUGAUGAACACAUCAAAUGAUUCAUCGAGAUGGAACAUUGGAGACAAGAUUUGCGCUGCAUUUACCCCAAUUAUUAUCAUAGCUGAAGUCAUAUUAUUCACCUUCUCUUGUUGCUUCGAUUUCAACCCUCCUUCUGUUUCCAAGAAACUUCGCUUUGAUCAUCAUCAGCUUUCUCGCCUUGCUUCUGGAUCUAAUUUUACUGUUAAUGAAGUGGAGGCGCUUUUUGAACUAUUUAAAAGCUUGAGUUCCUCCAUUAUUGAUGAUGGAUUGAUACACAAGGAAGAGCUCCGGUUAGCACUAUUCAAUACCCCUCAGGGCGAGAAUCUAUUUUUGGACCGGGUCUUUGAUCUUUUUGAUGAAAAGAGGAAUGGUGUGAUUGAGUUUGAGGAAUUUGUCCAUGCUCUAAGUAUCUUCCAUCCCAAUGCACCUACAGAAGAUAAAAUAAAAUUUGCUUUUAGGCUCUAUGAUCUAAGACAGACGGGGUAUAUUGAGCGAGAGGAAGUGAAGCAGAUGCUCAUAGCAAUAUUAAUAGAAUCCGAGAUGACCUUAUCAGAUGAUCUUCUUGAGGCUAUUAUUGACAAAACAUUUGUUGAUGCGGAUGCUGAUGGAGAUGGUAAGAUUUGUCAGGAGGAAUGGAAAGAGUUUGUCCUUCGUUACCCCGGCCUUCUGAAGAACAUGACUCUUCCUUACCUUGCGGAUAUCACCACAGCAUUUCCAAGUUUUGUUUUCCACACAUCGGUCGAGGAUGCAAAUUGAAAACAUUUUUUCAUCAUCAUGAAAAAAGCCACUCUGCGAAAAACUCACAUGAUGCUGAUCUCGACUAGAUGGAUACGCGCUUCAAAAAGAAAAAGCCACAACCCGAUGCUCUCUUCGCCCCAUGAAAAUUUCCGCAGGCAAGUUGAAACCUUUGGGGGAAAAAAUCUUAACUUGUAUAUUAAAAUACCCAAAAUGGCUUCAAAAAUAGUAAAUAUUGAAAAUUUAAAGCGGAGGACGACGACGUAAAUGUUUCACAAUGGUGAAGUACUUGACAAACAAACAGGUACUGUUCUCAGUUUUAACAUGUAAAUAUAAGUUAUUCCAAAUGCAACUUGGUGGUAUAUAUAUAGUAUAUAGAACCAAACUAAUUUGAAUAGUAUACCAGAUUUCUUGUUUUCAAGUAAUUUUGUUUGCUACAAAUUGUCUGUAAUGAUUAUCAUGUUUAUGGAA